CCGCUAUUAUCCAAGUUCGACGCGGAAGCGCAGAUCCUGACGUGUUUGAGAAUAUGCGGAUAUCUGUAGAGUUGUAAACUGAUGUGUUAAUAUCUGAUAAAAAAAACUAUCAUUAUGCAGACUGUCCGACCAUGCGGAUGCAAAGGAAUACGCUCUUGCUUAAUUUGUGAGGAAGACUAUAAAAUAUCCAAGAAUGUGGAGACAACAAAUAUGUUACAGAAAAGCAAAAGUUACGUUUAUUGUCCGUAUUGUGAUAAAUUAUUACCAGGAUGGAACAUAGAUGAGUAUAAGAAACAUCCUCACCAUGAUGGGAAUUUGAUUGAAUAUCCUGGUGUUUACAUCAAGUUAGAUUACUUAAAUGAAGAUGAAGCUGAGGAACUGAUGAAAGCACUUGAUUGUCUUCCUUGGCAAGCUUCACAAAGUGGCAGAAGAAAACAGAACUUCGGGCCAAAAUGUAACUUCAAGAAGAGGAAAUUACGAUUAGGAUCAUUCGAUGGUUUUCCUAAAACAACACAGUUUGUACAGAAGAAGUUUGAAGAAGUACCGCUGUUACACAAUUUCAAGACUGUCGAGCAGUGUUCGCUCGAGUACGAUCCUGUGCGAGGCGCUUCUAUCGAUCCUCACAUCGACGAUUGUUGGAUCUGGGGAGAACGCAUAGUGACCGUGAACGUUCUCGGUGAUUCUGUUCUGACAAUGACUCCUUAUCACGGUCCGAUAAAGCGAUAUAACUUGGACUGCGUUCCGAAUUAUAAUAGUUCCACUCUAAAAAAUGAUGUUUGCGACAACACGCAAACUGUAGAUAUCGAUGAUAACAUUGUGGUGCGAUUGCCGAUGCCUGCUAGAUCACUCAUGAUUCUAUACGGCCCUGCAAGAUAUAAGUGGGAGCAUUCCGUGCUUCGACAGGAUGUCGUAUCGAGACGCGUUUGUCUCGCGUAUCGUGAAUUAACUCCUCCGUAUCUUGAAAAUGGAAAAAAUCACGAGGAAGCCUCUGAGAUUUUGAGGCAAGCUGUAUUCUUCUGGUGAAAUCAGUACAUGUGAAUGAAGUAAAUUUAGAUUAAUAUAUUCAAUAAGACACUGUCGCACGAUGUAACGCAACUCUAAAGUUAAGAUUCUCUAUUCAGAAAGGAAAUUAUUGAAUUAUAAAUGUGAUAGUAAAGAUACUUUAAUAGAAUAAAGAUAUUUUU